AGCAUGUUCGCGCCAGCCAGCCAGGGCCGCAGCCACAGCCGCAGGGACGGCAGCCGGGAGAGCCACCGCGCAUUAUGCAAAGCGGCAGCAGAUGUGAGCGGGGCCAGCUGGGCGCUCCUCGGCCUCUCCUCCCUACGGCUGGCCCAGCUGCCUGAAUUGUCCCAGACAUUGCCCUGGUUCUCUCAGGGGCCGAGAUGGCCUGAGUACCCCCCAGGCGCGGCGGCGCAGCAGUGGGGUUGAAACAUGGGGAACCAGGAUGGGAAGCUAAAGCGGAGCGCAGGUGAUGCCUCCCACGAAGGCGGCGGCGCUGGAGGAGCGGAGGAUGCCGCGGGGCCCAGGGAUGCGGAAACCACAAAGAAGGCAAGCGGGAGUAAAAAGGCGCUUGGCAAGCACGGCAAGGGGGGAGGGGGCAGCGGGGAGACCGGUAAGAAGAAGAACAAGUCGGAUUCUAGAGCCUCGGUGUUUUCCAACCUGCGCAUCAGAAAGAACCUGACCAAGGGGAAAGGUGCCGGCGACUCGCGGGAGGAUGUGUUGGACUCGCAGGCCCUGCCGAGCGUGGAGCUGGACAGCGCUCAUUCCAUAGUCACCAAGACCCCAGACCUCAGCCUCUCUGCUGAGGAGACGGGCCUAUCGGAUACCGAGUGUGCUGACCCUUUCGAAGUGAUCCAUCCAGGUGGUCCUAGGCCUGCCGAGGCUGGGGUAGGGAUCCAGGCGACCGCGGAGGAUUUGGAAACUGCGGCAGGAGCGCAAGAUGGACAAAGGACCAGUUCUGGUUCGGACACGGACAUCUAUAGCUUCCACUCGGCUACUGAACAGGAGGAUUUGCUCUCAGACAUCCAGCAGGCAAUUCGCCUGCAGCAACAGCAGCAGCAGAAGCUGCUGCUCCAGGACUCCGAGGAGCCUGCAGCGCCCCCCACUGCCAUCUCCCCUCAGCCUGGGGCCUUCCUGGGCCUGGACCAGUUCUUGCUGGGACGGAGUAGCGAGACUGGAAAGGACACCGUACAGGCACUACCGGUAAGAACCGACUUGCCUGAGACCAAGUCUCCAGUGCCUGAGCAUCCUCCGUCCUCCGGAGGCCACUUGGCCUCUGAGACACCCGGCUAUGCGACCGCCCACUCCGCAGUCACAGACUCCCUCUCAUCACCAGCCUUCACGUUUCCUGAGGCUGGGCCAGGGGAGGGCGCAGCCGAAGCCCCAGUGGCUGGACCAGGGGACACAGAUGAGGAGUGCGAGGAGGAUGCUUUUGAGGAUGCUCCCAGAGGCUCUCCAGGGGAAGAAUGGGUCCCAGAGGUGGGAGAGACGCCCCAGAGGCUGGAGGAAGAGCCGGAGGAGGGGGUGCGAGGGCCCAGUGCCUCUGCUGUUGCGUCUUUGCCUGGCAGCCCUGCACCCAGCCCGCGCUGUUUCAAACCUUACCCCCUUAUCACCCCCUGCUACAUCAAGACCACCACUCGGCAGCUCAGCUCGCCCAAUCACUCCCCGUCUCAAUCCCCCAACCAGAGUCCUAGGAUCAAGAAGCGACCGGAUCCUUCUGUAAGCCGAAGCCCCAGAACUGCCUUGGCCUCUUCUGCGGCCCCAGCAAAGAAGCACCGGCAGGAGGGCAGCCUCGCGGGUGGUCUCAGCCGCUCAGCCGACUGGACCGAGGAGCUAGGUGUCCGUACGCCUACGACAGGAGGCUCUGCGCACCUCCUUGGGCGCGGGGCUACUGUGGAUGACAGUGGUGGAGGGUCCGCUGUGCUGGCCGCCAAAGGACCUGGGGCUCCAGCAACAGCGGAAGGCUUUCAGAACGUGUUCACAGGGCGAACUCUGUUGGAGAAGCUGUUCAGCCAGCAGGAGAACGGGCCUCCUGAAGAAGCGGAAAAAUUUUGCUCCAGGAUCAUUGCCAUGGGCCUUCUGCUUCCUUUUAGUGACUGCUUCAGGGAACCGUGUCAUCAGAACUCUGGGUCAAGUUCAGCUCCGUUUGAUCAAGAUCAGCUUUACACCUGGGCUGCUGUUAGUCAACCCACACAUUCAAUGGAUUACAACGGAGGGCAGUUUCCCAGGAGAGAACCAUCUGUGUGGCCGCCAUCUAAGCCUCCCGAUGAGGAGCCCAGUCCCAAGGAUGUUGACACAGAACCUCAAUCCUCUAAUUUGGAAAGCCCGAAAAUAUGUUCAAACGGUGUCCAGCAGGAUGUUUUUGAAUUGAAGUCUGAAGGACAGGCAACUGUAAUUCAACAACUAGAGCAGACCAUUGAGGAUCUGAGGACAAAAAUAGCUGAACUGGAAAAGCAAUAUCCAACCCUGGAUUUGGAGGGACCCCGAAGCCUUCCAGGACUUGAGAAUGGAUUGCCAGCCUCUGAAGAAGUCAGUCUGGAGGCUCUCAGAUUGCAUGGCAAAGUCGCACAGCCUCCAAAGACUCUUGAGGCAAAAUCAAUACAAACUUCCCCAACAGAAGAGGAUAGGAUCCUGACACUGGCCCCUCUAAAGACAUCACCUGAGGGUCCCCCAGGGCCCCCUGCAGCUGAAGGUGGAGAGUCAGCGGUUCUAACCUCACCCUCUGGACCUCAGACAAAAUUCUGUUCAGAGAUUUCUCUGAUUGUAUCUCCCAGGAGGAUAUCAGUACAGCUUGAUGCCCAACCAACCCUGCAGAGCACAUCACAACCACCACCACCUCCGCCCCUCCUCGGGUCUGAUGGUCAGGGACAGCCCUCCCACCCGUCCAUGCAUACUGAGUUGGAAACCAGCCAUGAACCUUCUGUUUACUCCUCCUUUGGGAACAGUUGUAAUAUCCCACCCGCACCACCUCUGCCUUGUACAGAGUCCUCCAGCUUCAUGCCUGGCCUGGGCAUAGCAAUUCCCCCACCUCCCUGUCCCUCUGACUUAACAGUGCCUGCUGUGCCCAGUUCAACAGUCCCACAAGCUACCAGUCUACAGGGAACAGAAAUGCUGCCAGCCCCUCCCCCACCUCCUUCUCUCCCUGCACUAGUAAUGCCUCCUCCUCCUCCCCCACCUCCCCUCCCUGGAAUGGGAAUACCUCCUCUCCCUCCCCUCCCUGGAGUGGGAAUACCCCCUCCUCCUCCUCUCCCUGGAAUGGGAAUACCCCCUCCCCCUCCCCUUCCUGGAGUAGGAAUACCCCCUCCCCCUCCUCUCCCUGGAGUGGGAAUACCUCCUCCCCCUCCCCUCCCUGGAGUGGGAAUACCCCCUCCCCCUCCCCUCCCUGGAGUGGGAAUACCCCCUCCUCCACCUCUACCUGGAGUAGGAAUACCCCCUCCCCCUCCUCUCCCUGGAGUGGGAAUACCCCCUCCCCCUCCUCUCCCUGGAGUGGGAAUACCCCCUCCCCCUCCUCUCCCUGGAGUGGGAAUACCCCCUCCCCCUCCACUUCCUGGAGUGGAAAUACCUCCUCCCCCUCCUUUACCUGGAGUGGGCAUACCCCCUCCUCCACCUCUACCUGGAGUUUCUAUUCCUCCACCUCCUCCUCCUCCUCUCCCAGGUAUGGGGGUUCCACCUCCAGCCCCACCUCCCCUUGGGGCAGGAGUCCCUCCGCCCCCACUCUUGCCUGGCUCAGGUCCUUCACUCUCCUCACAAGCUGGGAGUAGCACUUUACCAGCAGCCCCUCAAGUGUGUGGAUUUCUUUUUCCUCCAUUGCCAACUGGCUUGUUUGGAUUAGGGAUGAAUCAGGACAGGGGGCCUAGGAAGCAGCCAAUCGAGCCUUGCCGACCAAUGAAGCCUCUCUAUUGGACAAGAAUUCAACUCCAUAGUAAAAGAGACUCCAGCCCUUCACUUAUUUGGGAAAAGAUUGAAGAGCCAUCCAUAGAUUGUCAUGAAUUUGAAGAAUUAUUUUCUAAAACUGCUGUAAAGGAAAGAAAGAAACCCAUUUCUGACACAAUUUCAAAGACAAAGGCUAAACAAGUUGUCAAGUUGCUUAGCAACAAAAGAUCACAAGCAGUAGGAAUUCUAAUGUCUAGUCUUCAUUUAGACAUGAAAGACAUUCAACAUGCUGUUGUGAACUUGGACAACUCUGUGGUUGACCUGGAGACCCUUCAAGCUCUCUAUGAGAACAGAGCACAGUCUGAUGAGCUGGAAAAAAUUGAAAAGCACAGCCGAUCCUCCAAAGACAAGGAAAAUGCCAAGUCUCUUGACAAACCUGAACAGUUCCUGUAUGAGCUGUCACUAAUCCCCAACUUCUCAGAGCGAGUCUUCUGCAUCUUGUUUCAGUCAACGUUUUCUGAGAGCAUUUCCUCAAUCCGGCGCAAACUGGAAUUGCUACAGAAAUUGUGUGAGACGUUAAAAAAUGGACCGGGGGUCAUGCAGGUCCUGGGUUUGGUUCUAGCCUUUGGUAACUACAUGAAUGCCGGGAACAAGACUCGAGGACAGGCCGAUGGCUUUGGGCUGGACAUUCUGCCCAAGCUGAAGGAUGUGAAAAGCAGCGACAACAGCAGAAGCCUUUUGUCAUAUAUUGUUUCUUAUUAUCUUCGAAACUUUGAUGAGGAUGCUGGCAAGGAGCAGUGUGUCUUCCCACUUGCAGAACCUCAAGAACUGUUUCAGGCUUCACAGAUGAAGUUUGAGGACUUCCAGAAAGAUCUCAGAAAACUAAAGAAAGACCUGAAAGCCUGUGAGGUGGAAGCGGGUAAAGUGUACCAGGUCUCCUCAGAAGAGCACAUGCAGCCCUUCAAGGAAAACAUGGAGCAGUUCAUCAGUCAAGCUAAGAUUGACCAAGAGUCACAAGAAACUGCUCUGACAGAGACUCAUAAAUGCUUUUUGGAGACCACUGCCUACUACUUCAUGAAACCAAAAAUUGGAGAGAAGGAGGUGUCCCCAAAUGUUUUCUUCAGUGUCUGGCAUGAAUUCAGCUCUGACUUUAAAGACUCUUGGAAAAAAGAGAACAAACUGAUUCUGCAAGAGAGAGUCAAAGAAGCUGAGGAAGUGUGUAGGCAGAAGAAAGGAAAGUCACUCUAUAAAGUAAAACCAAGACACGACUCUGGAAUUAAAGCAAAGAUAAGCAUGAAAACCUGAGCUAUGAACAGCAGAGCAAACCUAGUCAUUGAAACCAGUUCCUCAGCAUCCACCUGACCUGAAGGGCUGAUGGAAACCACAUCCUUCUGACCAUUCUUU